AUGGCUGCGUCUAUGCUAGCAGCGACCCAUUAUAAGAAUCAGGCAGGUGGAGCCUCCAGUCCUGAAGAGUCAUGUGAUGGAGGACCUGCUACGGGUGGUACUCGAACAGGAGACGCUGGAGAUGCGGGGGCAGCAGCACGAGGUGUUGACGGGGCGACUAAGACGAACACUAUGGGGUCUUGGGAGUCGGCAGAACAGCGGCAACAGAGCAUACGCCUAUACAACUUGGCUCGGUUUGUGUUCGAGAUAUGCUACACCUUGGAUCUACCUGAAGAGGUUACGGCCACUGCAAUGCUUUAUUUGCAUUCGGUAUUGGAUAAGAUGAGAAUGAAGGACCUUUCGGAUGAUCGAUAUCUGAUAGCAAUAGCGUCCAUCGUGCUGGCGUGUAAGGUGUGUGAGGACAGAUUGCCUAGGUCACUGGCGGCUCCUCGCAGCGGGGGACAACCUAGUGGCCAGCAAGCGACUGCCAACUUCACGCAAGUCAUGCGAGCGGUUUUGGAUACCGCCAUCUGUCAUAUGUCCGGCCAGACGACAGUGCAUGCCGAUCGAUUACACGAGCAGCGUCGGUUUUUGAGGGACAAAGUGUCUCUGAUUGAAAGCCUCGUGCUCCUCAGAGUAAUCGGGUCCAAUCUCCAACCUGAACUACCAUAUGACAUCAUGGCAUCACUGCUAGAGCUACAUAUCUACCCGGCUGAGUCCUUGUUCCCAGCAGGCGUUAACAGAGCGAUUAUAGGCAGAGUAGCUCGAGCGACUCUCAAUGACUGUUUCCGCGCCCCACUGUGUCUGAAGCAUCGGCCCGAGGUCCUGGCAAUUGCCGCAAUAUACGUCACUUGUCGAGUACUUCAUAUCAAUUGGUCUGAAGUGGUGUCGACAUCCUCUGGCGGUGACUUCGAUGAAAGUGUUGGGAGAUCCAAGCUUGAGGGGUCGGCAACAUCGGCACCGUGGAGGAGUGAGCAAUCCAAGGUGAAUGCAUACAGCUGUUUGAAACGCUCAAACGCUCUUGUCAACAGCAAUUAA